AUGAAAAGCUUCCAGAAUUGCACAGAGAGCGAGGUAAGUGGGUACAACGACUGCCCGAACUUCUUGUUUGCAGCGCGGGAACAUACUGCCGGGAGCAGUCACCGCCGGGGGCUGAAAGCUCGGGCUAGGGGGCGCGCGCGGCGGCCCGACAUGCCAUCGGAUGCUUUGCAGCAAAUGGAGCCUGGCGAGCUUGAAGAGAUCAGAGCGGAGGCGAUGCGCAAAAUAGAAUGGCUCUUCGAGACAGAGUCACGGUUGGCAGAGGUGGAAUUUAAUUUCUACCGCAACAAGGUGCGCCAGAAUCUCGGCCGUGCCCUCGCAGAUGAGCGCACUCUGUUGAUGAUGGCCGCCGUCCUCCGUCAGUUGCCGGCGGACUUAGAGACGGCUAAGGACGUCUUGACAACUUGGCUGGUCUCUGAUGUUUCCGUCGCUGCGUGGUGCACAGCGCUCCGCAAGAUUCUCGAGAAUGCAGUGCUGUAA